GAAAUCGAACUUUCAUGCUCCCUAUAGCUUUAGAAACUAGAAUAAGGGGAGCCCAAGGCAAAGCAUUGGGAAUCGAUUGCUGGGUAUUCCCAGUAUGGCCCAGUCCACCCCCUCUUCCCGUGGUGCUCUUGUGAGCACUCCGCCACCUCCGACCCUGUUACCCCCGAAACUCGCUGGCAUUUCCUAUCAUUUCCAGGCAUGGGAGAGAAAAAAGGAAGCGGGAGGCAGCCUCCUAACACGGCCCAAGUAGCUGCAUCUUCUACGAUUCUAAAGGCAACCGUCUGAAACUCCCAUCUGUGAUUGUUCCCUCCCCAGAGGCGCCGGUAAUAUUUCCAGGGAACAGGACCCCUCAGCUAUCAAAUUCCCCUAGCUCGUGGAGCUGGACAUUAUUCCUCAGAGGGACAGGUUAUAGCAAAUUGAGACAUUUGCUUUCCCCAAACACUUACAGAUUUAGCGUCAGCACUUAGGGAUUCUUGGGGUCCAACUCUGAGCUUGAACUGCUUUGGAAUAGAUCCAGGUUGUUAGAUGUCUGUGGGGUAUUUUAGCUCAGUUUCUAAAGGCCACAUAGAGGGCCUCUGGUGGAAGGAAUUCCUCAUAGAGGAUACAGUUUUAAAGCAUUUCUCUCUCUCAGUAAAGACUGGUAAAUAGACCUUCAUAAAAGAACCCAAGAAUUUAGUUUUCCAGGACUCAGAGGGGUUCUAGACUUGUCAGAGGUCAUUGAUGGAGAGAAAAACACCUUAACUCAGAGGGUCUCUCAAACUGAUCUGACUUCAGAGAUCCCUAGAUUUAAAAUCUUGUAAAAAGAUGGGUGCUGAGAGACAGAGACAGUUCCUACCCUUUGAGAAAUUUCCAUAGUGAGGUCUCUAAGAAAGGCUUAACAGUGAGAAUUAAAGGGCCUGAGAUGCCAGAGAUACCUGGGCUAAAUGAGCUACUUUAUUAAGAUGCUUAGUGUUGCCUCAGUGUCCAAUAUAAUGGAAUGACUGAGAAUGCAGGAUCUGGAGUCUGCACUGUAAUUCGGGCCACUUAAUAGUGAUCUUAGGCAAGUUACUUAUCUCUGCACCUCAGUUUCCUCAUCUGUAAUAUGGUGAUAACGAUAGUACCUAUCUAAUUGUGUUGUUGUGAGAAUUAAAUGGGUUAAUAUAUGAAAAGUGCUUAAACUAAAUACUUGGCGUAAAGUGAGAGUUGGAUAUAAGCCAUCAUUACUAACCACCUGGGGAAACUUCAACUGGAUUUGGCGUCUGGGCAUCCAACUGGAAAGGCCUGCUUGUCAAUAUAAUUUGCAUAACGGUUGAGGUCCUGCUGACGUCAAGGUCUCCUUGCAGCUCCAGGUCAGAUCUAGUCCUGGAAGUAGUUCCUGUCACACAACAGUCCCACAAUCGCCCCACCAACCUUGCUUCCUACCCAACUCCCGAAGCACCAGGAAGUGAAACAAAGCCCCGUGCCUCCAACUCACCCUUGUCCCUCUCAUCCCAUCCCCCAGCGUUCCACUUCCUCCUCCUCCUUUUCACCUUCCAUCUCCUAUCCUAAAGGGCUCCCAGAAUGGGAACCAGAGGUGGGAAAAGCGUGGGAGACAUUAUACAAAAGUGAGGGUGGAUUUACCGCAGAGUCAUAUUUGAAUCAGAAGUUCACUGGGCAGUUUUGAAUAGUCCUAUGGGAAAGGAGACCUCUAUCGAGGGGACCUUAAAAAGAGACUCAGAGACAAGGGGAGAAAAUCUACAGGAAGCAGCUCAGAAACUCGGUGAACGACAGAGGGAACCAAACCAGAGACGCACAGAACAGAGAGAAUCAGGCUCAGAGCAAGGGGAAGUGGACAAGAAAUUCCACAGGGACUGCAAGGCACAGAGCCAGCCGGAUCUGAGAAGCAGGCAACGAGAUGCUGGGGAGCAGAGCUGUGCUGCUGCUGCUGCUGCUGCCCUGGAUUGCUCAGGGCCAGGCUGUGCCUGAGGGCAGCAGCCCUGCUUGGGCUCGGGGCCAGCAGCUCUCACAGCAACUCUGCAUGCUGGCCUGGAGUGCACAUCAACCAAUGGGACAUGUGGAUCUACCAAGAGAAGAAGGAGAUGAUGAGACUACACAUCAUGUUCCCCAUAUCCAGUGUGGGGAUGGCUGUGAUCCACAAGGACUCAGGGACAACAGUCAGUCCUGCUUGCAAAGGAUCCACCAAGGCCUGGUUUUUUAUGAGAAGCUGCUGGGCUCAGAUAUUUUCACAGGGGAGCCUUCUCUACUCCCCGAUGGCCCUGUGGGCCAGCUUCAUGACUCCCUACUGGGCCUCAGGGAACUCUUGCAGCCCGAGGGUCACCACUGGGAGACUGAGCAGACUCCAAGCCCCAGUCCCAGCCAGCCGUGGCAGCGCCUCCUUCUCCGUCUCAAGAUCCUUCGCAGCCUCCAGGCCUUUGUGGCUGUAGCUGCCAGGGUCUUUGCCCAUGGAGCAGCAACUCUGAGCCCCUAA